AUGUCAAGUGUUACCUUAAGCCGUCUCAGCACACUAACAUUAAGCGUGACUCAACUGGGCCGUCUGCCUCGCCUCCUGGACUCCCUCCCCACCCUGCCAACACCCAAGGCAACCGUGAUGUCCGCGGAUGUGCCUGUCUUGUUCCGCGAGCCCUACGUUCAGUCAGGUUACCGCCCCGUGGGACAGGAUUGGCGUUGCUACUUUCUCAGCCUCUUCCAGUGUCACAACGAGUCACUGAACGUCUGGACACACUUGCUGGCGGUCCCCGCCAUUCUUCUCCGCUUCUCAGUUUUGGCGGGGGGAGCAGGGCUUACUCUGGAGGCUGCCUCACUACCUCUUUUUCUCUACGUGCUGUCAUCGGUAACCUACCUCAGCUGCAGCGUAGCGGCACACUUAUUGCAGUCGCACUCUGAGCUAGCGCAUUACUCGUUUUUUUUCCUAGACUACGUCGGAGUGGCGGUUUACCAGUACGGUUGUUCGUUGGGCCACUACUUUUACUGUUCCAAGCCAACGUGGCGAGACAGCUCUGUGGGGGCGGCGUAUCUGCCCGGUGCUGCACUUUUAGCCUGGCUGUCCUGCACCGGCUGCUGCUUCGCCAAGCUCCGUUAUCGACGUCCAUACCCUCCGCGCAGGAAGAUUUGCCAGCUGAUACCCACUAGCCUGGCAUAUAUACUUGACAUCAGCCCCGUGGCAUAUCGCCUUGUCGUUGGAUCCUGGGACGAACCUGCGUUGGCGUUCCAUGCCCUCCAGGUCGCGUUCUUUUUACUCGCUGCCUUCUUCUUCUCCUGCCCGGUCCCAGAACGCCUCUUCCCAGGCAAGUGUGACAUUGUAGGCCAGGGUCAUCAGAUAUUCCACGUCUUCCUAGUGAUGUGCACGGUCUUCCAGCUUGAGGCAAUCUUCAGAGACUUUCUGGUACAGCGACACACUGUGGUAGAAGUGCAUGGAAGACAAAGCCUUCUACUGGCAUCAAGCUCCUUCUUCAUCUUGGUUCUAUGCAGCGCGCUAACUGCGAUGUUCAUGCGCAAAUGUGUUCAGAGGCAGCUACAGAGAAGGAGUGAGUGA